ACAGAUAGUCGGCGUACUGUCCACCGGAGCGGUUGAGUUUACUACCUAUACUACAAUGACAAUCACUGUCAAAGUAUUGGAUUUCAGAAAAAUUUACCACGCAAUUUAUUAACGAUGAAUGUAGUGCCCGAAAAUAUUGGUCAAAAACGAACAUGCAAACAGUCAUCACAGAAUGAUGCUGAUGAAACGAUUUUAGAAUGUAAAAAUGAAGGAAAACGCCUGAAGUUGGAAUCAGUUCACCACUUGACGUUAAGUAAUCAGAUGACAUCAACUCCGUUGGAUAUUCUAUCACCGAUUGAAGUAAACUAUCCGUCUGAAAACAAACAGUCUGCCAAUAAUCCUGUUAGUUCAGGCAUAAAAUUUAUUGAUUGUGAUGAACUGGCUUCAUUACUAACCUCAAACUAUUCAUGUAAACAAUGUGUACCGCUCAUACUUGACAUAAGAAGUCUUGCCUCUCAAGCUAAUUUACGAAUACAAACAGCAAUCGGCAUACCAUGUGAAUCUCGUGUAAAGUUACGUCGUGCAUUGUCAGUGCUAAAUAAUUAUUUACGUGCUAGAGAACAAUGUUUUAAUACUCAUAAUCUAAAGGACUACCAACCUAACUACCGUUUAAUAAUCAUCUAUACUGAUUCUGAUAUCGGUGGAUUUCCUAUGUUAAAAGAUCUUCUUCACUGCUUGGUUAAACACUUGAUUGAUGUUCAUCAUUUAGAUGCAAGAGUUCUCAAAGGCGGUAUUCAAGAGUUUUGCAAUUCUUAUCAUCAUUUAUGUGAACAGCCGUUAGCCGAAUCUCAGUCUAUAAGUGGUGAUUCGAAAACCAGUCACACUGAAAAUAUAACUCAUAAUGAGUCGAGAAAUAUAAAGGAUAAGUUCGCUCAUUCUUUGAACAUUCAACUUACAAAAAUAAAGUGUCGAAAAUUAGAAUUCAAAUGUUCACCAAUAUUGUUACCGGGUUUAGGCUUGUCUUCAGGAAAUACAGAAUACAAGCCGAUUCGAUUACACAAUUCAGUAAAACAAUCUAAUAAUUUAGCUUCAACAAUAAUUAACCGCUGUAACUCAACUGCAAAUUUUAUUGGAAAACAAUGGAAUCUAGCAGAAUUUUGUGUAACUGAGAGUGAUCCUGGUGAUCCAAAAGAUAUAUUUCGUGCCGAAAUCAGUCGAAUAUUCCCUUUUCUAUAUCUAGGGAAUGAAUACGAUGGUCAAAGUGAAAAGAUUUUAGAUAAACAUGGCAUAGAUUCAAUUUUAAAUGUAACUAUUAAAACACCAUUUCUUGAUGAAUCGCGAUUUAAUUGCUGUCGUCUUCCUGCAAACGAUUCACAUUCACAAGAUUUACGAUCGUAUUUUACAUCAGCAUUUCAAUUCAUCGAAGAAGUUCGUUGCUCUGGCAAAACUGUACUUGUUCAUUGUCAAGCUGGUGUGUCCAGAUCACCAGCUUUAAUUAUUGCUUAUUUAAUGAACUAUUCAAGUUUGUCACUAAGCGAUGCUUAUCAAUAUGUGAAAUCGAAACGUUCGGUGAUUGCACCAAAUUUCGCCUUUAUGGGGCAGUUAUAUGAGUUGGAAUCGGACUUAACAUCUGGACGAUUAUCAAGACAGUCGAAUAUCUUAGAUCCAUUAUUAAAACCUAAUUAAUCACUAUGAUUGUUACUGUUAAUAACAUCAAAUUCGAUACUACCUAUCUAUUUGUUUGACUAAUUUUAUUUAUGCCGUUUGUGAUUUAGUAGUAUACACCAGUGCGGUUGGCUGUAACCAUUUUGAUAGAAAUUUGUAAAUAUCAUCAUUACCUCAGUCACACAAUAAUUCAGGUAAAAUACAUAAUACCAUUAUUUUCAUCCCAUAUCUUAAGCUUAUUAUGUUCUGUUUAUCAAUGUGAUUCAUGUGUUCAAUGUAAAAACUUUUAUAAUUUAUUAUCACAAUAUGUCAAUUCCAAAAUGUUCUACUUAUUUUCUCAUAUUCACCUCAACGAUUUUUUUUGGAAAAAAAUGAGUACAAGACAGAAACAUUUUCUUUCAGAUGAUUUUUUUCUAUCCAGAUUUCAAUAUUUUUAAAAGAGAAAGAUGAAUACAACUUUUAUUUGAAUUUUGCUGUUUUGUUUAAAUGAAUUCAGCAUUUUUGUUUUGGAAUUUUUUAUAUCAAUUUCUGUAAAAGAAAUUUGUUAUCCUCAACAGUAAUUUGAACAUUGUUGCUAACGUUAUUGUACAAAGUAUGAAUUUCUCUUUAUCUGUUUGUUUAUGCUCAUGUGUGUAUGUAAACGACUGUUUUUGUUUUCUACUUUUUGUAAAAUAUCAAUUUUGAAUUCGAUUGCUUUUUUAAUGAUUAUGGCGAAGAAAAGAUUAUGAAAAAAACUAUCUCCUUGAUUGGGUAGUAUUCAGGGAGAUCAAAGGAUUAUCUUUCUUUUAAUUAAACGUUAAGCUCUUGCUGGUAACGAUAAUUAAGUGUGAGUCUUUUCUAAUUCCAAUUUUCGGAUAGCCUUUUCGCUUUUCUGACCGAUUGUCAGUACUUUCAGUUUAGUAACUUUCUUUGUGCUCUAAGGUCAUGUUUUUAUUGAUAUAUCUAUACAGAGUUGUACGAUUUAAACUUGGCUUAAAUAUCAAUUUCCUUGAA